AUGAAUGAUCCCCUUCAGAUCCCACAUGAAUAUUAUCAGAAAGGCGACUUCAUCAUUGGUGGGAUUGCUUCGCUCUUUGAAACCUAUUAUCGCAUUGUAGACUUCAAGCAACAUCCAAAUCCAUGGGUUGUUCUGCGACCUGUGCCGAUACCAGCAGACAAUCUAUGUGCCCUCUCUUUGGUGUAUACUAUAAAGGAGAUCAAUAAAAAUGUCAAGAUCUUACCAAACAUCACUCUGGGGUUCAACAUCUAUCAUAGUUACUUUGAUGCAAGGAUAGUUUAUAAGAGCAUCCUGAGGCUUACUGAUAUCCAGGAGAGUCCUGUCCCCAACUACAACUGUAACAACAAGAUGAAUCUUGUAGCUGUUAUUGGGGGACCAGACUCAGAAACCUCUCUCUCGAUGGCCAAUCUCUUACCCAUUUAUAAGAUUCCACAGGAAAUGAAGAUGAUGGAGUACAGGCUUGUUGAUGAUGUGAUGGACGUGAAACAGACGUAUGAUAUUCAGAUAGUUCACUCCGAUGAGGCUCCAGGGUUCCAAAAUUUCCUUCACUUCUUAAGUGCUUAUUGGCCAUCAGGAGAUGACCUUUUCAGGGUCGUUUGGAAUGAGGCAUCCCACUGUUUACUGCCAGAUUUUAAGGAGGACAAGAUCAGCUGUACUGAAGGAGAUAAACUUCAGAUUCCUCCUGGAAUAGAUUUUGCAACGACCUUAGCUGGCCAAAGGUACAGCAUCUACAAUGCUGUCUAUGCCAUAGCACAUUCUUUGCAUGUCAUGCUCACAACCAAAUUCAAACCCAGAGCAGUGAUGGAUGGAGACAAAUUGAAACCUCUGCAUUUUCAACCUUGGAAGGUGCCACCUUCUUCCUUGUGCAAUGAGAAAUGCCUUCCAGGUUCCCACAGGAAAAAGGGGGAAGGGAAGCCAUUUUGUUGCUAUGACUGUGCUCCAUGUCCAGAUGGAAAGAUUUCAGAGCAGAAAGACGUGGAUAGCUGUUUCCGAUGCCCAGAAGAUCAGUAUGCCAACAAAGAACGAGAUCGAUGUCUUCCCAAAGUUUUAAGCUUCCUUUCUUUUAAUGAAGAUCUGGGCAUCACCUUAGCUCUCCUGGCGUGCUCCCUUGCUUUGAUCACAGUCGUGGUUCUUGGAAUCUUCAUUAAGCAUCAGAAUACCCCCGUUGUCAAAGCCAACAAUCAGGAUCUCACUUACCUUCUCCUCAUUUCCCUCAUCCUCUGCUUCCUUUCCUCAUUGUUAUACAUCGGUCACCCUGGAAUCGUGACCUGUCCUCUCCGGCAAAUGGCUUUUGGCAUCACCUUCUCAGUGGCUGUUUCUUCUGUCUUGGCCAAAACCACCAAUGUGGUUCUGGCGUUCAUGGCUACCAAGCCUGGAUCCAGAAUGAGAAUCUGGAUAGGCAAAAGACUCACAAACAUAGUUGUUCUUUCUGGCUCCCUUAUUCAAGUAGUUCUUUGUACCAUUUGGCUAUGUACUGCUCCUCCAUUCCCAGAUGUUGACAUGAAGUCUCUGGUUGAAGAAACAGUGGUAGAAUGUAAUAAAGGGUCAGUUGCCAUGUUUUAUUCUGUUCUGGGAUAUAUGGCAUUAACAGCAAUGGUCAGCUUCAUUGUGGCUUUCUUUGCUAGGAAGUUGCCAGACACUUUUAAUGAAGCCAAGUUCAUCACUUUUAGCAUGUUGCUCUUUUGCAGUGUUUGGAUAUCAUUUGUUCCAACUUACCAAAGCACCAAGGGAAAAUAUAUGGUGGCUGUGGAGAUCUUUUCGAUCUUGGCCUCCGGUGCUGGCUUACUUGGAUGCAUUUUUGCACCCAAAUGUUAUAUCAUUGUCUUGAGGCCUCAGCUAAAUAGUCACGGGCAGCUAACAUGGAGAAGCAAGAGUACAAGAUCUGAUUAA